CUUUCCUACGAAGCCGCUGUCAUUUGCGGCUCAUCGCGAUCGAAGCGGCUCAAAACAUACUCGGAAUUCGAUCGCGUCGGACGCUUCCUGUGAAGAAACGUGAAAAAAGAGCUGUAAACCUCAUCGGUACUUACAACUAGCCUGCUAAUUACAGUGUAUUGAGUUUGUUGACGAACUGGCCCGUGCUUUUAUCUUGCUAGAUUAUCUAGCUCUAUGGAAAAUUCGCAUAGCAAACACCGCAGUUCAAAAACGGCAGCCACUCCAGACCUACCGGCUGAAGAACCGACUACGAUCAAACAAGAACCAUUCGAAGGCGUUUCUCACGAGCAAGCCUACGCAUCGGGUGCAGGAAUGUCCCAAGAAGCAAGCACAUCAAAUUGUGAUGUUCAAAACCAUUUGCCGGAUGAAGUAGGCGAAACCGGCAUCCAAUGUGAGGACACAUUUUCCACGAUAGAAGAAGACGAUGUCAAGGCUGAAAACAUGUCUACCGACGACAAUGAGGAAAAUGAAGACGAUGGCGAUAUGGUUGGCACAAACAUAAAAAGAACUAACCCGAAUGACGACACAGAAGCCGGGAACAGAGCGACCGUCAGAAAGAAGCAGCGACUAUCGCAUUCCAUCGACAACAGCCGUACACAGACGGCAGCCAAGCCGAUUGCGCGACGACAAAACAUUUCGAUCGAAAAGAAAAGGGAGAUUGUUCAGCUGUACCUGGACCAGCACCGUAUAACGGACAUAGGGAACAUAAUGCAACUGAACACGCAGACAGUUUCGCGGAUUGUUCAUUCCUACCUUAAGCACUGGGAAGUCGUGGACAAUUCCCAUCGCAAGGGUGGUCCACACCUGAAGAAGUUAAACGAUGAGCAGAUUCAAACGAUGAAAAGCUGGGUGGACAAAGAGUGUUCGUUAAGUUUGAAAAAAAUUGCCGAAAAAUGUAGGGAAGAAUUUGGGGUACAGGUUGGUUUAUCUACGGUUAGGAACUAUUUAACCGGGUUCAGUUACACUAUCAAAAGAGUCCCACCGCUGCCCGAGCGUUGCAACCGCGAUUCGCAAACGGUUGAGGCACGCAAGCAGUACGCUGUUCGGUUUAGUGCGCUACAGGCAGAAUUGAACGACACAGGCUUUGUAUUCCUGAACGUAGCAGGGUUUCAUGUUUCACUGAGAAAUUCUGGGAAACCGGCCGCACAGGUAGUUUCCCCAUUUCGCGAGCGUUACAUUGCCAUCUGCUGCUGCAUGUCCCGAACUGGGUUAGUGGCUUACGCAUCAUCCGAUGGCGUCCUUGACCAGCGCUCAUUCGAUGAGUUUCUGGUGCAACUGAAAGCUGCGUUUCGUAGGCGCAACAUCAUGAAGCCGAUACUCUUUAUGGACAGUGCCGCUUGCAAACAGACAGCUAGUGUUAGAACAUUUGCUGAACAAAACAACAUUAGGCUCGAGAACCUUCCACCAAACGCGCCGUGCUUAAAUCCUACUGAAAAUAUGUUUUCCGAGCUGAAAAACAUUGUAGAACGAGCUCGUCCACAGAACGAAACCGAAGUGUUGAAAGCUAUUAAGGACGGUGCCAAUCUGGUCACGAAGCAGGAUUGUGAUGGGUAUUACGGUGAUAUGUUGCGACACGUGCAACAAUGUUGUGAUGAGGAUAAAAAUAAGGAAUAAGAGCAUUGAUUGCAGUUUAUUUAAAUUAUGUAAGAAAUUUGUAAACUACAAAUUAUAAUUUGUUUUUUUUUCUACUUUAAUUUGAACAUUACAAUAAAUGUUUAUACACCCGUAAUAUCAUGAGUAGUCAGUACGAGUGGAAUUGGCAUGUUGUCAACGAUCGAAAGAGACUGGUUCUAAGCUAAUUUCGGUACAUGUUUGGCAGUAGUAGUUAUCCAGAUUAUAAUCGUGUAUCACCUGAAUGAAAAGUUUUCUUAGGCCUUAUUGUUCCGCUUAUUAAAAAAAGCUUCGUAGAUCCUGAUCCUUACUGAAGCACUAUCGGGGAACUUUCAGGUGACGGCAUGGUUUAGUUUUACUAUAAGCUACUCGUCACCAUCGUCAAGAACUAGCCUCCCAAUAGAAUUCGGUACAGGCUGUUUCGCACGGAGUGCUGAAAGUUGGCAGGAUACUGGAACUAGACGUCAUAGCAUCAUAGAUGAACUAGAUCUGUUGAGUAAUUUGUUGCGGAAACAUCGUACUUUGCUCGCCUUUUCAGUUAAGCUUAGGCAGUGCAGUACUGUUCUUCUCGCACGGCUCAGAGAACUCAUUAUAGGGGAGCCGAUUAUGUAUAUUACUCACAGUCUAGAGUCACUGUCAACUUCCUACUAGUCUGUCCAGCUAGAAAAGCAUACUUCAGAGCUUUUAAUGCCACAAGAAGAGACCCGGUGCAAUGGAUAGUUCUGUUUGGAUGCAGAGCCGCUUCUUCUAUUCCUGCGGAAGCAGGCCCAAGCAGGCACUUUACGAGUUGAGUCGUCCGGUGUCAUUCUCAUAACAUGACCGACCAGCGCAUACCACAGCCCGGGCGAGUCUAAUUCGCCCCACAAAAUAAUACAUAGUAGUGAGAAGUGAAAAGAAUUAGGUUUAUGUAAUAUAAUUUAGAUAUAAGGAUUGCAUUCUAAUCUCUGCUUUAAACACAUCCCCCCCUAAGCUUUUAUAUAGCAGAAGAAGAAGAGUACAUUUAAUUCCAAACACGAUGGCAUUGCAUUUAACUGGCGUAUUAUGUUUUCAGAUGGAACCAAAAGGCGCUUGCACACGUCCCAUCUGGGACGUGUUUGCCGAGGUGGUAACGUUGCCACACGAUGAUGAUGCUGGCGAAUCAAACCUUCAGCAAUCUCCAGCCGUCGUCAACUCUAUACUGACCCAUCCGGCAGCUGGUGAAGCUGGUGCAGACGCAACGCUGCAGGUCGAUCGAAUGCUGAUAAAGUUUAUUGCCAAGGAAAGUGUCCCCCUGUCAAUUGUCGAAAGUGAACCGUUCGAAACAUUCUUGCAGGCGCUAAAUUCUAACUACAAUUUACCUUGCAAGAAGUAUGCUACCUACGAACUGUUGCCAAGCUUUUACGCCGAAGAGAUGAGGAAAGUGAAGCAAAAUGUAGCAUCAGCCAAUGCUGUGGCACUGUCGUUGGAUGGAUGGUUAAACAGCAACCAGGUUAGAGUGCUGGCACUGAGUGGCCACUUCCUAGAUGAGAAUCUCAAAGUGCGUUCAAAACUGCUGGCAAGUGGAGCAUUUUCUGAUACACCAAGAAGCUGUGAAGUUACCGCAUGGAUCUAUGAGAGUUUGAAGAAGUUUGAAAUCGAGAACAAAAUUAUUGCCCUCGUGACGGACGACAGUGCCUCAGCCAUGGGUGAAGCUGCCGACAAUUUAAAUAUUCCACACGUACCCUGUUUUGCGCACCAUUUGAACGCGUUAGUGCAGGAAGCAAUAGAAAAUUCUAUACAGCCAACAGUUGACAAGGUAAAGCAAGUGGUCACGUGCUUCAAAAACAGUACCGAAGCAGCACAAAUGUUGGUCACAACGCAAAAAAGCUUAAAUCACGCAGUGCUGAAACUGAAGCCGGACGUUCCCACCCGAUGGAACUCGACGUACGAGAUGUUGGACCGAUUCUUGAAAAAUAAAUGUCCCCUCAUUGCAUGCACGGACCGGUUGAAGAUACGCAUGGAUAUGGCAGGCAGCGAUUGGACCGAGGUAGAGCAAGCGUUAGUUGCGUUGAAAUAUUUUGCCUCAGCAACUAAAUUACUUUCCGCCGAGCCGCAUACCACACUCUCGCACGUCGGUUUUCUAUCCGCUGUACUACUGCGCAAAACGUCCGCACUCUUGCAGACAGGCAGCGAACUUGUUCCGGCGGUAAAAUCCCUCCUUACUGGCCUGGUCGCAGGAAUAAAGGCGCGACUGCAAGUGUACCGAGACAUGGAUCAAGUGUGGAAAUCAAUGUUUUUGGAUCCGCGCGUGAAGAAAGCGGGCUUUCAAGAUGAGCCCGAAAGGUAUAAACACACUUACGAUCUCAUACUCGCCGAAAUGCUGCCACUGCUGGAGCAAGAGUGUAGAUCGGUGCGGCAACCUUUCAAGCAUAGCACCGAUGCAAAUUUGCUGUACGGCGACAUCAUCUGUCAGGGGACGGGUUAUCCAACCACACCCAGCGAGAUGGCGCAGGAUGAGCUCGACCUGUACCUAAACGCAAACAUGAUUGGCGUCGAACGUGAUCCAUUGCUGUGGUGGAAGGAAAAUUCAGUAAAGUUCCCAACACUCUGCCGUUUGGCGGCGAACAAUCUAUGCAUACCGGGUACCUCGGUGCCGUGCUACAGAAUGUUUUCCAAAGCCGGACAAAAACUGGUGGAAAAACGAGCCAGACUAGCACCCAAGAAACUACACGAACUGCUAUUCUUACAGUGUAAUUAUUAGCGUUCGCUACUGUUAGGUUUAAGCGGCGUUGCGUCAAUCAAAAUAACAUUACAGUAAGUGCAGGGUAAGAUUCUGACUUGAUUUUUUUUUAUUCAUAAGGGAAGAUUCUGGCUUGAUGCCUAGUAUGUAAUUAGCUUUACCAUUAUUUUCAAUGCAUUGAUUGAAUAAAACCGCAUCGUUCCUUGACGUUA